AUGCGGGAUCACGAUGGAGACCAUCAGCUGGUCUUCCAUCGCCCACAAGGUUUGAUGGGAUUCACAUGGUGUAGGACUUUACUUGGCUUUAAGUAUGAUACACACCAAGUGAACAUUGAAAUUUGUUCCAGCCUUGUUGCAAGUAACUGCAAAUUCAGAAGAAAGCAACUUGACCAAGCUUUCCCUCUGAAGCCACUGAUGAAAACAUUCCUCAGCUUUCUCCAUGCCCAGCCAGCAGAUACCAGGAAAUACUUCCUGCAGUGGAUGAAGGUCUUUAUGGACGAUCUCUCCUGUGGUCGCCUUGAAGAACUGAGGAGAGACUAUCACGAGUUAUGGACUGAAAUCCUAACAGAAAAGAAAAGCCAGGAAAAACCCAUGGUGAAUGCUUUGUUGAUGAGACGCUUGAAUGCUGUCUCUGAAGAAAUCAACGAUUCAUCCAUUGGCCUGGAGCACCUUCUGAGAGAAGUAGGGCAGAUUUAUGAAGCUCUGGAAUUAACAAACUCCAAGGAAGACAUUUUAGCCAAACUGCCGGAAAUUGCAGCAGAGCUGAUGGUUUUGGGGUAUCCUGUGGAGCUGAUGGAUGGGGACGCUUCUUACCUGCCCCUGCGCUGGGUGGGAGCAAUCUUUGACAGCUUAAUUGAGAGGCUGGGGGACAAACGAGUGUUUCCCGUCAUUGGCUUUGAUGUGAAGACCCACAUUCACUACUUUGCUCACCUGUGGGAAGGAAACCCCCCAAUGGCACCACCCAACCCCACCUACAGCCAGAACGUCCAGCAACUCAAGAGCAAAAUCCUCCAGGCUGCCAAGCAGCAUUCCCAGCGUGGCAUUUUGAAGCUCUCGAGCCUGAAAGAUCGUAUUGGUGACCUGUGGAAUGCCUUGGUGAAUGAAAAUUUUGUUUUCAGCUUCAAGAAUUCCCUGGAGAUUGCUGCAUACAGGAAACUGGAAAGCGCCUUUAGUCAGUGGACCUGGAGAUUAAGGAGUCACUUGUUGGAUGUACAAAUGAGCCUGAAUAACAAAAUUCAGAAUGGGGACUUGCAGAAUGUCACCAGAGGACACCUUGAAGGGCUGGUGCAAGAGACAAGUGAUGCCAUUGAGAAAGAAGUGGAAAAGUAUUUCAGGGAAGACAAAGACCGUGAGAUACUGGUCCAGUGGAAAUCAAGCACAGAGCGGAACCUGAAAGAUCUGAAAGAGACUCUUCUUCAUGAAACUAAAAAGAAAUGUGAGAAUCUUAUUGAGCUACAGAAGGAGCAGAGGAAACUGGAUGCAAGGAAGUUGGAAUAUGAAGCCAAGCUCCUGGGAAGGAGUAGGGAUCUGGCUGUGAGUCUGAAAGGGAAGAGCCUCAGUGAGAGAGAACUGAAGGACAACUUUACUCGUGUUUGGAGCAGUUGGAUUGACGAAGUCUCCCGUGCUGCUCCUACACCAGAACAGGUGGAUAUCGAUGCAGAAAUUGAAGAUGUCCUCCUAGAGCACUUUAAGGAGCCAGGUUUCCAUGCACGGAUCAGGUCAUUUCCCAAAGACAGAGAAUUUUCUUUUGACAUGGACAAACACAUCUCAAAGAAAGCGUUUCUAGGCAUUUUCUCAGAUCCCAGGGGCAUUUCCAAUGCUGAUGUGAUCAACUUUCAGCAGAUCACAAACGACAUCAUAGCGUGUGUGAAGGCGAACAUUGAGAAGAAGGAGCAGGAGAAACGGGAUUACAGUCGAAAUUUUAUUCAUGAAAUACUCAAUGAAGUACAGAGAGGUGUCGACUCUGUCUCCAGUAAUGCAAAAUGUACUUUUAACAGAGAGUACAGCAUGGAUUUGUCUCUGUAUCUGUGCAAAAAUGCAGCUGAAAGGUUUAAAGCCAUGCACGAAGCAUUCCAAAAGGCAAAUGACCCAGUUGUGUACCUGCACAGCAAGAGAGAAGAUUUCUUCCAAUGUUUCCAGAUUUCCUGCCAAGGAGCCACUUCAAUUACAAUUUUUGCAGUUUUCCUUUGUGACAAGAUUGAACCAGCUCUUCGCAAGGCAGUCUUUGAGAAGUCAGCUAAAGACAUUGCUGAGGACAUGAAGAGCAAAUUCCCGGACUUUAAGGGCAACAGAGCCAAUCUGGAAGUUUGCAUCCUGAGAUACCUGGCAGAACAAGAAAAUUUUGAGGAUUUCAAGCAGUACCUUAGGUCUCCAAAACAGUUUUUUCAGAGUUACAUUGAGAAACAAGUUAAGAGUCAUUGCUUAGACGGGAGUAGGAGGCUGAGGAUGUUUUUCAUCCUGUCAGCUGUUUCUUUAUCAACCCAAAUUGUCAAAGACAGAAAAGACAGAGAAGACAAAAUUUCUCUUUGGCUGGAUGAAUUUUGCAGGGAACUGACAGAGGUGAUCAACUUGCCUAGAAGUGACCUGAAGGGCAUCGAGCAUCAGGAGGUCACAGACAUUGAGUUCCUGAGCAGUGCCACGGCAAAAUCUCUUAUUGACCUGAGGGAGAGGCUCAUGAAAGAACUGGCUGAUGCUGACAUGAGCUCAUUUUCAAGACCGCCCCACACCAUCCUGGCAGAGCAUUUUUCGGGGUGCUGGAAGCAGUGUCCCUUUUGUGGGGCUGUCUGCACAAACACCAUGCGGGAUCACGAUGGAGACCAUCAGCUGGUCUUCCAUCGCCCACAAGGUUUGACAGGAUUCACACGGUGGAAAGGUUUCUUAUUCUGGUGGCAUGAUACGCAUGAGUUGUGCAUUGAUAUUUGUUCCAGCCUUGUUGCAAGUAGACAUGAAUUCAGUGUUGGUGAUGGUCCAUGGAUCCCUUACAAAAAAUACCGUAGGGCUGGACCUCCUUUUUCCACUUGGAGGAUUCUUCCGGAUUCAUCCAUGCAGGCGUACUGGAAAUGGUUUGUGUCUCGUUUCAGGACAGAGCUGGAAGCGUUCUGCAAGGGGAAAUUUCAGGGAAGCGGAGAAAUCCCUGAGGCGUGGCGGAGAAUUACCAAGCAGGAAGCACUGUCUGAGCUGGAGGAGUGUUAGGCCACAUCCAUGGGAAGGAAGAACCGCUGCGGCUUUGCAGUUUAGGAAUAUUUUGUACCAGGUUCUCCACAAAAUGCAGUUACAAUGACAAUGCUCUCAAGCCCCAUGAAGAUGAUGGUGUCCAAUUGUUCCCAAAUUUUGUGAAACAAGGUGCAUCACUGCGGUCGUCACUCAGCAACCUCCUCACUUGCUUUCUGAGAAAGCCAGAAUCCUCCUGCCUUCUUGCCAUGAACAUCUCCCUUUGCUUUAUCUAGAGCCAAACCAAAUCCCUCCUUGGGGUGAUGGGGCUCGUGGCCAAGCCUGAGCCCAAGGGCCAGGGCAAGGGCAAAGGCAACACUCAAAGCAUCCCAUGGCUCAGGUGCUGUGAGGCAAGAAGGGACUGUUGGAGUGUGAAAACAGAGGUCUUUCUGAGUUCCUCAGAGCAAGAUACAGUAUGUUGGAAUUGAAUUAAAGUUUUUAGAGAAAUUAAAGGAUAUUAAGCCACACAGACAUGAAGAAGAAGUGUAAGCUUUAGUUUUAAAUAAGUAGAAGUGUUACUAAGUUGCAUAGAUAUGAAGUAGAAGUAUAAAUCUUGGUUUAAUGUAAGUGUAUGUAAAUGUAUUUAAGUGCCUUAAAUAGGAAAAGCCUUAGAAUGUGUUGCAAAAAACAAAAGCUUGAAAAAUAAGCUUCAGUGAGAGCUCAUGAACAAAAACAAGCAUCAAAAAGAAGUUUCAGUGAGAGGUCAAAAUCACAGUUUUAGACAUAAUAAAAAAAAAGAAGAAUAUUGCAUAUUACAUUUUCUAGAUGGAACAGAUAGGCCGUAUGUGCAAAUUAUACAUAUACUUUUGUAUUACAGAAAGAGAAUUCUAAUAGGUUUAGAAAAAAUGCUUCAGAAAUGCUUCAUAUUUUUAGUUUAAUGGGUAAUUUGUAAAUAAAAUCUGUGCAUUUGGGAGAGGCUCGUUCUCUUGAUCUCUCUUUUCCCCCACCAUCGUCAUCAUCUUCAUCAUCAUCACUACCACCAUAUGAAAGAAGUAGUGGAAGAAGAAAAGAAUAGAAGAAGAAAGACCAGGGUGCUUUUGCCUCUACUCAGGAGUCUGUACCAGGCCACAGCAUCUACUUCUACCCAGGAUUCUGUACCAGAGAACUGCUGCUCCUGCCUCUGCCCAGGACUUUGCACCAGAGAGCUGCUUCUGCUUUAAAGGGGACUCUGUGGUGAAAGUUUUAACACAGACUUUAUACCUUUAGACUCUUGUAUUUGAGACUGAUGUGCUCCUGCAAUAAACAACUUUACAGCAACCAAAAACUGCUCUGCUCAUUUGAAGAUUCAAACCCAUAACAAUCCCAAAAAGGGACAGUUCCCCAGGUGCAGUUUUCCUGCAAGAAGGAGGUGUCCUGCUCAGAGAAAGGGCUGUGGGACCUGAGGCCAGCUCCAUGCUGGCUGCAAGCUGGGCUGCUUGGCUUUUGGGUGUCAUCCUUCCCUCCCUCAUUGCAGCCUCCUGGAUCAACUGAGGCUGUUCUCCAGCAGGAGCUGUUGUGUCCCUGGGCUCAGGAAAGCAGUGACACAACCGCCCCAGGGCUCAGGCAGUGCUUUCACUCCCUGUCUCCAAGGUGCUGUGUCUGUGACCAGGGCAGCCGCUCCUGCUCAGGUGCCUGGGGCUGCUGCCCUUCCCUCCAGCCCUCAGCCCCAGCAGGAGCUGCUCCUGCCCUUGGCCUUGCUGCUGAGCAAAAGCCUUUGGAGUGCCCCAUGUGCAGAAUCCUGUGUGCCAGCACCUUCCUCAGCAGCCCUCGGGGCAGUGCUGGUGCUGUCCAGGCAGGCUGGUGGCACCCGAGCCGUGCUCUGCAGAAGGUGGCACCAGCUGGCUCUGCCCCAGGGAGGUGUGAGGGGCUUUUGCUGUGCAGGUGCUGCAA